GCAGGAGCCUCGGGCCGCCCUACAGAGCCCUCAUUCACGCGCGGGGAGCUGCCCACCCGUGUUCGAAAGCGCAGAGGUCACACGGAGCCUCGCCUCCUUUCAGAGCCGCCCCGAGAAACGCGACCCGAGUUUUCAGCGGAAACCGCAAGGCUCCGUUUUUUGUUUUGUUUUUUUUUUUUUUUUUUCUCACGGCGAAAACGAGGAGCCCCUGCGAGCCUCCUCCAGCACCACGGCCGUGGCGGGGGGGAAGGAGGAGGAGGAGGAGGAAGGAGGAAGGAGGGGGGCGGCGGCGGGCCCGGGGCUGGUCACCGGCAGCCGCUCCUGGCCCUGCUGACGUGGUGCCAGGGCCGGGGCUCGUUUCGGCGGGGAGAGGAGCUGGGAGAGGCUGGCAGGGCCCCGGCCCUCGCCCCGCCGCCCCCGGGCCUCGGAGAAGCUGAGGGAGCCGAGAGGGAUGGCGGGGGGCGAGGGGGCGGCGGCCGCCCUCCGCCUGCUCGGGGCACUGUGCCUCGCCGCCGGCAUCCAGCCGGUGCGCGGGAGGGACGCGGGAGCGGGCUGGACCCUCGAGAAGUAUUCUCACCAACCAAGAAUUUUACAUGCUGAUGCUAUUCAAAAAGUUGCCACAAACACAGAUGUUUCUGAAAUGUGGGAGAAUGAUUUGCGCCCUAUCCUGAGAGAAAGAUACCCAGGAUCACCAGGAAAUUAUAUUGUACGACAGCAUAUCAAGCACCGCCUUCAAAGAUUACAGGCUGGUUGGGAAAUUGAAGAAGAUACAUUUCAGAGAUACACACCAUACGGCUACCAAACAUUUUCAAAUAUUAUCAGCACUCUUGACCCUUCUGCAAAACGCCACCUAGUACUUGCUUGCCACUAUGACUCAAAAUUCUUUGGACAACAAUGGCAGGAGAGAGUAUUUGUAGGAGCAACUGAUUCAGCCGUGCCUUGUGCUAUGAUACUGGAGCUGGCACGUGCCCUGGAUAACAAGCUUCAGUUAAUCAAGAGCAGCUCAACAUCAAGACCAGACCUGUCGCUUCAGCUCAUUUUUUUUGACGGUGAAGAAGCCUUCGUCCGGUGGUCCCCUUCUGAUUCCCUCUAUGGAUCUCAACACUUAGCUCAAAAAAUGGUAUCUACUCCCCAUCCACCUGGUUCAGCAACCACCAAUCAGCUGCAGGGCAUAGACCUGCUUGUACUACUGGAUUUAAUUGGGGCACCAAACCCAGUCUUUCCCAAUUAUUUUCCCAACACUGUUCGAUGGUUUCAGAGGCUUCAAGCAAUUGAGCAAGAGCUACACAACAUGAAUCUGCUGAAGAAUCACCUUGUUGAAAGGCAGUAUUUCCAGACUACCGCACAUCGAGGCUUGGUUGAAGAUGACCAUGUUCCAUUUUUAUUAAGAGGGGUUCCGGUCCUACAUCUGAUUCCAUCCCCUUUUCCUGCAGUAUGGCAUACCAUGGAGGACAGCGAAGAAAACCUCGACAAAACCACUAUUGAUAACCUCAGCAAAAUCCUGCAAGUGUUUGUGCUGGAAUAUCUAAAUCUGUGAUAGACAAAAUGGCAACAAAUCGUACUCCGUUCUAAUUGCUGCUUGCCCACCUUCACAUUUACUAUUUAAUUGCAUUGGAAAGCACUAAAGCAAGCAAAAUACAAGGAUAGCUCUUGCCAGACUUGAUUAUUGAUUCAGCUGUUCCUGACCCAAUGUUCCAUGUAGCCAAAUAAGAGCAUUAAGUAAGAAUUAGCUUCAGCCUGGAAAGAAUUUGAUCUUUCCAUGUCUUACCUCUGAAUAAAAAAAAAAAACCCCAGAA